CUGCGGGAAGGGUUUCCAAGACCACUGGCUGGAUUGGGUAGUCACUGAUGAACAUACAGGUCAAGGGUUCCAACGACUUGACGCGGCUGUACUCGUUUGGAUGAGACGCUCCUUGUGGACCAGACAUAUCGACUGGAGCACAAUCCGAAGCGGCAGACCGAUACCUACUUCCGUCAUUGACGAGCUUGUUGCCGACGACGACGCCCUCGGCACUAUCGGUACCUAUGCGAUCCGGGUGGCCGAUUGGACUUAUGUCGGUAAGACGGAAGUUGGAUUCGAUCGCCGGUUCCGCCAACACAAAGAACAGCCUGGAACCAACCGAAAGUAUCGGAUCCUCAAGGAAACCGGUUUAUUCGACUACGCACACUUCGUACCCCUUACGCGAAUGAACGAAGCAUACGAGGAGACUACUGGGAAAAGGGUGUCUACCGACUCGUCCCUUGUCGCCAUCUUCGAAAUCUUCGACAUCGCAAGUUUCGACACUACCGACGCCAAGAGAGGGUUCAAUCAGAAUCUUGUGGAUGACACUUUCUACAGGAAGAUCCUUUUGAGCCGUGAUGUUGAAACCCUGCUCAACUAUUACCUCGAGCGGCUAGAAGCAGGUGUGCAAGCACCUAGGAUGAAGGAUCUCGAUGGCUGGGCGGUCUUUUUGCGACCUAUCAUGCCAGAUACUACUCUUGAGGAUGUUGCUGUCAGUAGCCUCGCCGUGAUCACCUACGAGCCGAAACAGUGGCCCUGCAUCCGGCAGAAGCUGGAUUUCGACAACAGGCGAGAACGGCUCGUCCGCCUCGUCAAACCUUUAUAUGCUAGAGGCUCCGCGCCUUCAUCGAGAUCAAGGAAGGCACAGGAGUCGAGCGAAAAGAAAAGUCCGACUCGCCAUUCCGGACCGAUCAAGCAGCUCAAAUCCGUCCAGGGUUCCUCUGUCGCUACUCGGCCAAUCUCUGAGACAUCGGACGUUCAGCUCGAGCGAACACGACGGGAUCGGGCGCUAGAAAUCGCAAAGGGGAAAAAGAAGUUAAAGUUCGCCCAUCGCAAAUCUCUUCCCCGAGCCUGAGUCGAACUUUUUCUCCCUUGGCAGCCUGCGAUCCACGUCUUCACAUUGCAUAUCCUUAUCUUCGAAUGUCCUCUCCGCAUGUCAUCCCCCAUCUUCGGAAUUGUUUCGCCAAAU